CUGCCUCCUCCCCCUCAGCCGCCGCCACCUGAGGGAUCCGGAACAAAGGUGCUUUGUACAGGCCGCAACCACCUCAUUACUUCGUCUUCGGGACUGGGGCCGCGUGGGCCCCCAGCCCGGAUCGAAGGUGUGGAGCGGCAAGGGACAGACACCAAUCCCAAAGUGAGCAUCUAGCGCGCCACCUAAGGCUCUUUAGGGAAGGUGGUCCCAGAAGCUGUGUUCUCCCUUCCGCUUGCACUAUCCCUAGAUUUGCAAAGAAAACGGGGCGGUAUAUGAAGGUGGUUGGAUAGGCUAAGGUUAUGUACCCUUAUUUAAAAUCUUACAAACUUCUAAUAAGGCAGUCUACCCAGGACUAAAGCAGACACGAAAGGGAUGACCUCCCUAAAAAUAUUGCUGUUGGAAUACGUCCUUCCUCCCCGCCCCCUCGCUGUGAGGUGCAGCCUCAGCGGAAGCUUUGGCGAACGCGGCGUGCGCUGCGGUGCACAGAGGGUUAACUGGGGUUGGCGCUGGAUGGAGAGGAGGAGACGCGCUCCCAUUGGCGGAAAGUUAUCCAGGGCGGGGUCUGUGAAUCUCCGCACCCCACCCCCCUUUCCACAACCCCCCUCUUCACUUUGUACCUUUCUCGCCUCGACUGUGAAGCGGGCCGGGACCUGCCAGGCCAGACCAAACCGGACCUCGGGGGCGAUGCGGCUGCUGCCCCUGCUGCAGACUGUCCUGUGGGCCGCGUUCCUCGGCUCCCCUCUGCGCGGGGGCUCCAGCGUCCGCCACGUCGUCUACUGGAACUCCAGUAACCCCAGGUUGCAGGGGAUUAACUAUAUAGAUGAGAAGAUCAAGACCCUGCCCUCUGGGAUUCCACAGACUCUGGAGAACAGGCGCAGGCAGCAGAGCCUGCGUAAAGACAGGCUGCUUCGAGGAGACGCCGUGGUGGAGCUGGGCCUCAACGAUUACCUAGACAUUGUCUGCCCCCACUAUGAAGGCCCAGGGCCCCCUGAGGGCCCUGAGACGUUUGCUUUAUACAUGGUGGACUGGCCAGGCUAUGAGUCCUGCCAGGCAGAGGGCCCCCGGGCCUUCAAGCGCUGGGUGUGCUCCCUGCCCUUCGGCCACGUCCAAUUCUCAGAGAAGAUUCAGCGCUUCACACCCUUCUCCCUCGGCUUUGAGUUCUUACCUGGAGAGACUUACUACUACAUCUCGGUGCCCACUCCAGAGAGUUCUGGCCAGUGCUUGAGGCUCCAGGUGUCUGUCUGCUGCAAGGAGAGGAAGUCUGAGUCAGCCCAUCCUGUUGGGAGCCCUGGAGAGAGUGGCACAUCAGGGUGGCGAAGGGGGGACACUCCCAGCCCCCUCUGUCUCUUGCUAUUACUGCUGCUCCUGAUUCUUCGUCUUCUGCGAAUUCUGUGAACCAAGCAGACCUUCCCUCUUACCCCAAGGAGCCAGAGCCCUCCCAAGAUCCCCUGAAGGAGGGGGAUCCUUGCUGCCUGCACUGGGGGUACCCAUUCAGACCGACAAGAUGGAGCAUUGAUGGGGGAGAUCAGAGGGUCUGAGGUGACCCUUGCAGGUGCCUGUCCCCUCAUCACAGGCUAAAGAAGAGUAGCAGACAGCCCUGGACACUCUGAAGCAGAGGCAAGACAAACACAGGUGCUUUGCAGGCUGCUCUGAGGGUCUCAGCCCAUCCCUCGGGAAGACUGGGAUUUGGUACGAUCAAAUCUUCAAGCCAGCUGGGGGCCAAGGCUGAAGACCUGGGGACAGGUGGAUUGCUGGACCAGGGCAAAGAAGAAGCCCUGCCAUCUGUGCCCUGUGGGCCUUUUCCCUGGGGCAGCACCUUGCCCUCCCCACGGGGUCACUCACUUGUCUUCUGUGAAGACGGACUCUUCAUGAGGUUGAAUUUCAUGCCAGUUUGUAUUUUUAUAAGUAUCUAGACCAAACCUUCAAUAAACCACCCGUCUUUUUGUUGCUCUCCCCAA